ACGGCAUCAUGCAACAUGGUCACCGAGGAAAGUGACCAUCCGCACCACCCGGAGGAAGAGAAGACACCGACCCAGGAGAAGGAUAGCAACUUGCUGGCACGGACCGAUAGCAACGAGAUAUUGAUCCAGAGCAGUAUGGAUGAUAUUUUUGACGUCAUAAAGUCUGGCGAGCUGUCGGAGGUGGAAAAUUUGGUUGAAAAGUUGGGCCCGGAAGCGCUCAGCGCUCGAGAUAGGCAUGGCUACACGCCCGCCCAUUGGGCGGCUCUUGAUGGGAACGUCGAGACGAUGCGCUACCUGGUGGAGCGUAAUGCACCGGUGGACCUGCCCUGUCUCGGUACACAGGGUCCGCGACCGAUUCACUGGGCCUGCCGGAAAGGUCACGCCGCCGUGGUCCAGGUACUGCUUCAAGCAGGUGUUGCGGUCAAUGGAGCCGAUUUCAAAGGGCUGACACCUUUGAUGACUGCUUGCAUGUAUGGCAGGACAGCAACUGCAGCUUAUCUGCUGGGCAUGGGCGCGCAAAACCAUCUCACUGACAUCAAUGGAGACACGGCUUUGCACUGGGCGGCCUACAAAGGGCAUGCCGAUCUCAUUCGCUUGCUAAUGUACUCCGGGGUCGACCUGCAGAAGACGGACAACUUUGGCUCUACGCCGUUACAUCUAGCCUGUCUCUCCGGGAAUCUGCAGUGCGUGAAGAUUCUCUGCGAAAAGCGAAACCUAGAGCUGGAACCGCGAGACAAAAAUGGCAAGACACCGAUCAUGCUCGCACAAAGUCACCGAAACAGCGAGGUGGUGAAGCUGCUGCACAACGAGAUGAAAAAGAAGUCCCGGUGGAUGCCUCCGAUAUCGGAGAUCUGGGGAAUGCUAUUCGGCGGAGCGGGAGCUUCCAAAGGUCCGCUCAUACUGUUUCUGGUGUCUGUGCUCCUCUGGGGCUAUCCGAUGUACAUGAUACGGUGCAUACCGAUCACGUGGAACAUACUGAGGCGUUCGCAUUAUUUUUUUAUCUACUGGAAUGCGGUCAUGUGGAUAAGUUGGAUAAUUGCGAACAGGCGCGACCCCGGGUACAUCCCGCUGAACUCAGACACGUACUAUCGCGCCAUCAAACAAAUUCCGUACUUCGACAAGUGGAAGAAACGAAACAUUAUUCUGUCGCGCCUCUGUCACAGCUGUCGCUGCCUGCGGCCUUUGAGGGCGAAGCACUGCCGGAUCUGUAACCGGUGCGUGUCAUAUUUCGACCAUCAUUGCCCUUUCAUUUACAACUGUGUGGGGUUGCGGAAUCGGAUGUGGUUCCUGCUGUUCGUGCUGAGCAUUGCGAUCAACUGUUCCUUCACGAUCUACUUCGCUUGCUAUUGCGUCAUGAUCGAAGGCUUCAGCCUGCUCUACGUGCUGGGUUUGUUGGAGGCUUUCGUUUUCUGUGGACUUGGAUGGAUUCUCACCUGCACAUCGAUUUUGCACGCGUGUAUGAAUCUAACUACGAACGAAAUGUUCAACUACAAGCGCUACCCAUAUUUGCGCGACAAGCGUGGCCGCUAUCAGAACCCAUUUUCCCGCGGACCAGUGCUGAAUUUGUUCGAGUUCUUCGUCUGUCUUCCGGACCGCCAGGACGAGCAGGACUACAUGUUGGAUGAGAACCUUUGAAAAUUGCCCAACCACUCCGGUGGGCGCCGGAAACGCAUCACUAGCAGUGGCAGCAACAGUAGCAACAGUUAGCUUGCGCACGCGACGCCGGCAAUACGACCGCAUGAUCUGCAUUCGUUGCCAGAAUGAAACACGUUGUACUCUCUUGACGGGAGAAACAAAAUCGCCAAUCGCUAAAAGCUGCUCAGCCCCGUUACUUUGGCACCCGAGGUCACCGUUUUCGAAAUGUGAAACUACGCUUACAACGAUUUCCGCACCGGCGCACCAUUCCGAAAGCAAUCUGGGGAACAGUUUGAAGUUUGCUUUUCAGGAGAGCCGUGUGGACGAUAUCGAUCACUAUUCCGGUUCAACGAAGUUUUUUAUAUAGUUAAACGCUACAGUCUAUUUGUAAGUUAGUUGAAUCUGUGAGAUUAGUUGAAAAGUAGUACUGUUUACAGUUUUUGUUACUAACCUAGAUGAAUCUUUCACCUCCAAAAAACGAGAGGCGAACGAGGAAGUUGAAACAAUUCCUGUCGAUAGCACAAAUGAGAAACGUAUCCACACACAACUUUGUACCAAACGCCGCAUCCGGCUUUGCCGCAAACAUUAACUGGCAAAAAUCGCUAAUUAACUGGUGAA